AAGUUUCUCGAGAAACACGGGAAGGCUGUAUAGCAUACAUUAACACAUUAAAGAACGGAAAGAAAAUGAAUAUCUUUUGAGGCCUAUAAAAGAGCAAGAGGGUUGAAAGAGGGUAGUUUAGUAACACUCCAGCACUCAACAACUGCACAAGAUGAAAUUGGCGUUGAUCUUCCUCACUUGCUUCGUUAGUCUGUCGUACCAACAGCGAUACGUAUGGCCAAUGCCCUACGCUCCAAGGGCUCACUUGAUGCCAUUGUUCUACGCUGACGGACAACCAGCAGCUGACGUUGAAAUUCUACCUGAAAUCAAGGAAAUCGAUAACCAAGCCAAAAUCGAACCCGAAAUUCAGCAAGACAACGAGAAGGUCUUUUUAGGCAACGCUGUGUUGAAUUUUAGACCCUUCACCACGACCACCACUUUUACCUCAACUUCUGUUUCCGUUGUGUCAACUCCAACGACCGUCAAAUGCAUCCCUUCAACCCAGUUUUCGAUUGCUACUGCUGCUAAUGCAGGUGUGAAUCCACCAGUGGUUGAAGUUCGCGCCACGUCAGCUUGUGCCCGUCGUCGUCGUGAUCUGGAACAUCUUUUAGCCGACGCUGAUUUAGCUAAGGCAUCCAUCGAACCCGCUCAACCAAUCGCCCUCGAAGUGUCUGCCGUUGAACCGCUGCCGGUGGCUGAUGCGAAGGAAGCGAGUUUCACCGAACCUGAAAUUGAAUCUUCGCAAUUGAUGAAUCUGUCGCCUGAAGUCGUACAAGAUGAUCCUAGCAAAGAAGAUAGGGGCUUGCUUAAUUUGAGCCUCACGACAACCAUAUCGGUGACCGCAGUAACUACGGUGUUCUCUUUCGUUGGCGCUACUAUGAAAAACACUGCCAGUAUCGCAGCUGAUGGCGCGCUGCAAUGCCUUCCAUCCGGAUUUUUAGUCUGCUAAAAAAUUUUCGAAUAAAGAUCCACCGACUUUUGCUGCGUUUUGUUUUCCAAACCAAGGCGAUUUUCCCCCGUAAUUAUUUGUUUGCUCCAUUUAAUUUAUAUCGACAUGAUUAACCGAUUACGAUGGUAGUGUGUAAUAAUCAGUUAGAGAUUAUCAGAAUACAUGAUUUCAAUAAAA